AUGCCAGAAAGUUACACCUCCCACUUCGGGAUCAACAACAUCCCCUACGGCAUCGCCAGCUCCUCUUCACGCCCAAAACCUCAAGCCGUCACCCGCAUCGCCGACACAGUAAUCUUCUUGUCGGAGUUAGCGUCCACGCCCGCCUUCCAAUCCAUCUCCAAAGACCUCGUGUCAACAUUCCUCCAACCCACACUCAACACCUUCGCCGCCCUCCCCAAGCCGCUACAAUCGCAAGUCCGCUCCGCUAUCCAAAAUGCCUACACCUCCUCCCAACACACGGAUUUCUCCGAGGACAUUAGCAACGUAACGCUGCACAUGCCCGUCCAAAUCGGCGACUUCACAGACUACUCCGCGUCAGUCAACCACGUCCUCAACGCCAGCGAAGCCAUAACAGGCACGCGCUCCCAACCCCCAGCCUACCACAAAUACCCCGUCGGCUACGCAGGCCGCUGUUCCUCCAUCACCCUCGCGCCAACAAGCGUCGUGCGGCCACUAGGCCAAUUCGUCGAAUCCUACGCCGCGCCAGAGAAAAACAUCAUCUUCGGCGCCUCGCGCGGGCUCGACUACGAGCUGGAAGUCGGCGCCGUGAUCGGCACGCCCGUGGCCGCCGGCACGUAUCUGCGCGCCGCCGACGCCGACGCGCAUAUCUUCGGGCUGGUGCUGGUCAACGACUGGUCCGCGCGGGAUAUCCAGGCGCUGGAGAUGAAUCCGCUGGGCCCGUUCAACGGGAAGAAUUUCCGCACGAGUAUCUCGCCGUGGAUCGUGACGCUCGAGGCGCUCGAGCCGUUCAAGGUGGUGGCGCCGGAGCGCAUGGCGCGCGUGGCGGACUUCAUGGACGAUGCGCAGGCGCCGAAUUAUAGGAUUGAGUUGGAGGGUAGGAUUGUGCGGGGUGGGAGGGGAACGACGACGUGUAGGGUGGGGUUUGAGACGAUGUAUUGGACGUUUAGACAUAUGCUGGCGCAUCAUACGGUUGGAGGGUGUGAUUUGAGGACGGGCGAUUUGAUUGCGAGUGGGACGGUGAGUGGGGAGAAGGAGCAUGAGCAUGGGUGUCUGAUGGAGCUCACCUUCAAUGGCAAGAGGCCGAGUAAGCUGAGUGAUGGGAGUGAGCUGCGGUAUCUCGAGGAUGGUGAUGAGGUGAUAUACACCGGCAUUGUGGGAGAUGCGAGCGAUGGGAUUGGGUUUGGAGACUGCGGAGGUGUAAUCAAGCCUGCACCGAAAGUUUAG